AAUUUCAAAAAUUAGUAAACAUCAAUGGCCGCCGGUUCUGCCGCUGUUAGGUCGUUUAUACGGUCAACUUCCGUCCGUAGCGCCGCCGCCAGACUCUCCUCCGGCGUCAAAACCUCCCCCAUUCGGUUGUCAGCUACAAAACCUUCUUCUCAUCGCAUCUUCAGGUGUCCAGUUGAAUUGAGCGUGUGUUUGGAAACGGUGCAACCUUUUCAAGCAGUUACUUCUUCGGCCUUGAUGAAUUCCAUGCUCAUUCUUUCUCGUCGCAGCUACGGUUGGCUUCCUGAAGGUUCAUGAGAAUACCAUUCUUCUGAUAAAGGUUGAAGAAGAAUGCAAUGAAAUAUGAAGUGGAUUUGAGGGAGUUGAAGACAUAUAUUAGUGGUGGUUUCUAUUUAUGGACAUAUAUUUUCAUGUUGUACUAGUGUGUUAUGUUGGUGGGUUGGGUAAUAAGGUUGUAUAAGAUUUUAGAGACAGUUAUUUGAGAGUUUUGUCCACCAACAAAUGAUAUUUGUGGUGAAAUCAAUUAUGCGAGCAGAAAGUUUGACUA